UUUUUUGAGGUCGUGAUCGACUGGAGUCUCUCGUCUGAUAGCGCGUUCGCAUCGGAGUCAAUAGUCAUCCCCCACACCCGCCCAAAUUUGACCAGCUUUCAUUUUCUGCAAUUUCUUCUUUCUUCUCUGGUUCUUCAAUCGCACUAAGCUAGAAUCAGAUCUCCGUGCAAAAACCCUUAGAUCUUCAUAAAUUGAGUUUAAUGUGAGGGCCUCCAUCCAUCGCUCUUAAUCAUCAUCGCCGAGUCAAGAACGCUAUCUCAGUUACAUCAUGGCAGCCAACACGGACUCAGUCUCCUUCCAGGUUCCUUACAAGAACCUCAAGAAGGAGGCGGAAGUGGAAAUGAUGGGAUCCGAUGAGUUUCACUCCCCCAACCACCGGAUCGAAUUCAAUUCUUCUCCUUCUCCUUCUCCUUCUCCUUCCUUUCCUCCCAUAGAGAAGCACAGUAGCUUGAUGACUCUUGUUCUCAGUUGUACGGUUGCCGCCGGUGUCCAGUUCGGCUGGGCCUUACAGCUUUCGCUUUUAACUCCCUAUAUUCAGACACUUGGAAUAGAACAUGCGUUUUCUUCUUUCAUUUGGCUAUGUGGCCCUAUUACAGGUCUUGUGGUUCAACCUUGUGUUGGUAUUUGGAGUGAUAAAUGCACUUCUAAAUAUGGAAGAAGACGUCCAUUUAUUCUCGUAGGAUCUCUCAUGAUCUCAGCCGCAGUGAUAUUAAUCGGGUUUUCUGCAGACAUUGGAUAUUUAUUAGGUGAUACAAAGGAGCAUUGCAGCACAUACAAAGGAACCCGAACAAGGGCAGCUAUUGUCUUUAUUAUUGGCUUCUGGAUGCUGGAUCUUGCCAACAAUACAGUGCAGGGACCAGCUCGUGCUCUUUUGGCUGAUCUAUCAGGCCCUGAGCAACGUAAUUCAGCAAAUGCUGUAUUUUGCUCAUGGAUGGCUGUCGGAAACAUCCUAGGAUUCUCUUCUGGUGCUAGUGGAAAUUGGCACAGAUGGUUUCCAUUUCUGACAAGUAGAGCCUGCUGUGAAGCCUGCGGAAAUCUCAAAGCAGCAUUUCUUAUUGCAGUGGUUUUCCUGACAUUUUGCUUGCUUGUGACUCUUUAUUUCGCAAAGGAGGUUCCACUUAGUGUGAAUCAGCCCCACCAUCUAUCUGAUUCUGCGCCUUUAUUGGAUGAUUCUCUACAAAAUGGCCUUCAACUUUCAAAGUCCAAGCCUGAUAUAGAAAUUGUUGAUAAUGGCAGAGGUAACAACACUGCAGGUGCUUAUGAAAGGGAUAUAAAUCUAUCACAGGUCAACACUAAAGUUGAGGAUCAGCAAAAUGAAAGCUUUAGUGAUGGCCCUGGAGCUGUGUUCGUCAAUUUAUUGACCAGUUUAAGGCAUUUACCACCCGGAAUGGAUUCAGUGCUUAUUGUUAUGGCUCUUACUUGGUUGUCCUGGUUUCCUUUCUUUCUUUUUGAUACCGAUUGGAUGGGGAGGGAAGUUUAUCAUGGAGAUCCAAAAGGAGAUCUUUCUGAAGUACGGAAAUAUGACCAAGGUGUCCGAGAUGGUGCAUUCGGUUUGCUAUUGAAUUCAGUUGUUCUUGGCAUUAGUUCUUUUCUUAUUGAACCAAUGUGUCGGAGGAUGGGUUCAAGACUAGUAUGGGCCAUGAGCAAUUUUAUUGUGUUUGCCUGCAUGGCAGGCACUGCUAUCAUUAGUUUGGUAUCCAUCAAAGAAUAUUCUGAAGGGAUUCAAAUUGUAAUUGGGGGGAGUCCGGCAAUCAGGAUAGCUUCCUUGGUUGUAUUUGCUCUUCUUGGCUUUCCUCUUGCUAUUACCUACAGUGUUCCAUUUUCGGUCACAGCAGAUUUGACCGCUGAUUCUGGUGGCGGCCAAGGGCUGGCUAUAGGAGUUCUGAAUCUUGCAAUUGUUGUUCCACAGAUGAUCGUGUCACUUGGUGCUGGGCCAUGGGAUGCUUUAUUUGGCGGGGGAAACAUUCCUGCCUUUGCCUUGGCUUCUGUCAGUGCCUUUGCAGCUGGUGUUUUUGCGAUCCACAGGCUGCCAGAUCUUUCCAGCAGAUCCUUCAGUUCGACUGGUUUCCAUUUCGGGUGAUGACUGAUGCAGCCUCGUCAUGGGGACAACCAUUUUGUACAUUAUUAUCGACGUCUGCGCGGACACGCUUAGGGGUUAACUUUCAGAGAGACUUUCAGAGAGAUGAUGGCUCUACCGAUUUGCGUACAUAUCAUAUUCUUAUGGGAACAAGUUGAACAAGCUCCAUAUCGAAUUCAUUCAUUUUUUUCCCCACUGUGGGAAUUGUACCCUUCUGUAAUACGUCAUUUACAUAGAAAGGAUAUACAUACAUAUAAUGAAAAGUAUAAUGCCGUUCUGAGUA